AUGCCGUUCAAGAGGUUUGUGGAGAUCGGGCGAGUGGCCCUUGUGAACUACGGCAAGGAGUAUGGCCGCCUCGUCGUCAUCGUCGACGUCGUCGACCAGAACAGGGCCCUUGUGGAUGCCCCUGACAUGGUCCGUUGCCAAAUUAACUUCAAGCGGCUUUCCCUGACUGACAUCAAGAUUGACAUUAAACGUGUCCCAAAGAAGACUACAUUGAUUAAGGCAAUGGAGGAAGCUGAUGUGAAAAGCAAGUGGGAGAAUAGCUCAUGGGGCAAGAAGCUGAUUGUCCAGAAGAGGAGAGCAUCGCUCAAUGACUUUGACAGGUUCAAGGUCAUGUUGGCGAAGAUCAAGAGGGGUGGUGCCAUCAGGCAAGAGCUUGCUAAGCUUAAAAAGGUGGCUGCUGCUGCUUAG